CAAAUUUGUGUAUAAAAUGCCGGGUGAUUGGUGUACGAUUAAAUUAUUAGUAUUCCAAUAAAAAGUUAGUUGUUACUUCAAUCUGUUAAAAGAGUUAAAUUAUUAGUGUUUUGUUAUUCAGUUAGUUUGUUGAAAAGUAUUCAAAAUGGCUUUUAUUCCUAUAAUAUGCCAAGAAAAUACCUUGGUUCCCCAUUGCCGGCGUCGUCGUAUUGGGGUACCUCAUCGACAUUUUGUUAAUGACAUUACGGAGGAUGUAUUGAAUUCAAUUGCAAUAGCUCAAUCAUUAUUUGGUACAGAAUAUGACCGAAUAAAUUCCGAGGUAAUGAGAGAAAAUUCUAUGCUAAACCGACCCAGAUCAUCUAUUACAAUUGAUAAACAAAAAUUCCAAGCCAAUUUUGAUGUGCAACACUUCAAACCUGAAGAAAUUACUAUCAAGGUAAAUGGUGACAGGAGCAUAACUAUUGAAGCCAAGCAUGAGGAGAAACAAGAUGAGCAUGGUGGAAUUUACAGGCAUUUUGUUAGAAAGUAUAAGUUACCAGAUAAUUGUGAUAUAGAAAAGAUAGAUUCUAAGUUGUCAUCUGAUGGUGUCUUAAGUAUUACAGCUCCUACUAUUAGUGAACAAUCUUCAGGCCACAGAACCAUUCCUAUUAUUCAAACUGGAAAGCCUAAAUCAAUGCAGCAAUUGUGGCAGGUUGAACAAAUGACAAUAUGAAGAGAUGGCAGUGUAAGUGAUAUUUUCGAAAAAUGUUACAGGAAAUCUCUUGUAUUAUAAAGACUGAGUUUUAAAUGUAUUGUUAAUUCCAUUUUUUUGUAUUUAUUGCAUUAUAAUAAUUUUUUAUUAAAUAUACCUAUUCAAAAAAUACCAACAUA